UGUGCCCAGCAUAAAAUGUAAUAUCUUAAGAAUUUUUUUCAACUAGAGUGAGAGAAUCUCAUUGUUCACAUGUGUAGCCCUAAAUCUUGAACAAAAUUAAAUCAUCUUAGGACAAAUCACUUACGGUUUUUCUUCUUUUGAACAAAACAAUACAUAAGCUAGGCACAGUCAGACAUUAUGGUGUUACCCGUAAUCCCAGCUACUCAGGAAGCUGAACCCAAGGAUCCUAAGUUUGAUGUCAGCGUGGGCAGCUUAGCAACACCCUUUCUCAAAGUAACAAGGUCUGAGAGACAUAGCUCAAUGGUGCAGCUUGUGCCUGGCAUGCUCAAGCCUGGGUUGAAUCCCUCGCGUGGGGUGGGGGGCCAGAUUGUUCGUUGUGUAGUACUUGCUUAGAAUUGGAAUCUCUUCUUGUCACUACUUGUGCACAUUGCUCAUUCUCCACGCCGAGGCUCAUUUCACUCUGUGAUCAGGGACUUCAGAGGCAUAGGUCCUGGUAGUGCAGAUAUCUGUAUGUCAUUUCAGGGAUCGGUGACAUUCAGAGACGUAGCCAUAGACUUCUCCCAGGAGGAGUGGAGCUGGCUUCAGCCUACUCAGAGAGAUCUGUAUAGAUGUGUCAUGCUGGAGAAUUACCGCCAUCUGUCUUCCCUGGGUCUUUCCAUUUCUAAGCCAGAUGUGGUUUCCUUAUUGGAACAAGGGAAAGAGCCCUGGCUGGGAGAAGGAGACGUGAGCAGAGAUCUCCCUUCAGAGUCAGAGUCAAGUGGUGAGGUUCAAGAGGUUUCUCCAAAAGUCACUCAUGACGACUCCUCUCAGUGCUGGGUGGUGGGAGGAAUGCUCAGCCAGGGCCCCAGGUGUCCCAGCGUCACGGGAAGCUGGGGGUGCGCGGGUGGUGCUGGCAUGCUGCAGGGACAUCAGGGACGGGCCAGGAAAGUGGCGGGCCCUCACCAGGAAGCCCUGCCUCGACACCUGCGCAUCAGUGUGGUAGAAAGGCCCUACGGAUGCCACGAGUGCGGGAAAGCCUUCAGCCGGCGCUUUUCCCUUGUGUUACAUCAGAGGACGCACACGGGAGAGAAGCCCUAUGUGUGUAAGGACUGUGGCAAGACCUUCAGCCAGAUUUCAAACCUGGUGAAGCAUCAGAUGAUCCACACUGGAAAGAAACCCCACGAGUGUAAGGACUGCAGCAAGACCUUCAGCUACCUUUCCUUCCUGGUUGAACACCAGAGGACACACACUGGGGAGAAGCCUUACGGAUGUGCCGAGUGCGGAAAGGCCUUUAGCCGUGCCUCAAACCUCACCCGACAUCAGCGAAUCCACGUAGGAAAGAAACAGUAUGUUUGUAGGAAAUGUGGGAAAGCCUUUAGCAGUGGUUCUGAGCUCGUUCGCCAUCAGAUCACACACACUGCUGAGAAACCUUACGAGUGCACCGAAUGUGGGAAGGCAUUUCGGCGUUCCUCACACCUCACUCGACAUCACAGCGUCCAUACCACCAAAACCCCCUAUGAGUGUCCCGAGUGUAGGAAGGCGUUCCGCUGCCACUCCUUCCUCAUGAAACACCAGAGAGUCCACGCUGGAGACAAGCUGUACGAGUGUGACGAAUGUGGUAAAGUCUUCACUUGGCAUGCGUCCCUCAUGCAGCAUGUGAAAACCCACACUGGAGAGAAGCCCUAUGCCUGCGCCGAGUGUGACAAAGCCUUCAGCAGGAGCUUCUCCCUCAUCCUGCAUCAGGUGACUCACACCGGAGAGAAGCCGUAUGUCUGCAAAGUGUGCAGCAAGCCCUUCAGCUGGAGCUCAAACCUUGCUAAGCAUCAGAGAACACACCCACUAGACAGCCCCAAUGAUUAUGAGAAUUCAUGUGAUUACCACUCUUUUCUUUCUGAACACCAGUGA